CGAAAUACACGCCGCCAUGGUCGGGGGCCGCGUGAGCAACAUGGGCCUCGCGGGCAAGGAGAUCAUGUCGACGACGGUCGUCCAUGCGAACGACCUCGAGCGCAUCCGGCAGCAGUCGGCCAUCGUCACGGACCGCGACAUGGCGCUGCGCCUCAAGUCGAACGAGCAGGCCAAGAUGGCGUCGCGGGCGAGCGCGCAGGAGCGCAAGAAUCGCAUGGUCGAGAAAGAGCUCCAAGUGCGCACGCGCCGCGAGCAGUACGCGACGCAAAUGGAGCUCGAGGCCGAGCGCCACUCGCUCUUGACGAAAGACGACCUGCAGCGCCACGCCCACUUGGACUCGGUCAAGUACAUCCAAUCGCUCGUCGCCAAAGCGAGCGCGGCCACGGGCUGCGACGCGCAGCUCCGCGAGCAAGCCGAGACGCGGCAGCACGAGGCUGCGUACAACCAGCGCCUUGACCGCAUCAUGGACGCCGACCGCACGCGGGACCUGCUGGCGCGCGACGCGGCUGAGAAAGUUGCGCGGGAGAAGCGCGUCGUCGCGCGAAAGAUGCUGGAAGGUCAAAUUCUCGAGCACCAAAAGCAGCAGGUCCGAGAGGAGGAAGCCAAGGCGAUCGAGGCCAAGAAGAUUCUACAAGUGUACAAGCAAUACGAAGCCGAAGAGCAGGCCAAGGUCGCGGCCCAUCGCGUGCAAGUCCAGCACACGCUGCAACAAAUCGCUGUCACGAACGACGAGAUCAAGCAAAUGAAGGCCGACGCGAUCGCGCAAGAACGACACGAAGAGCAAGUCGCGGCCAAGUACCUUCGCGACAAGGCCCGCGAAGAAGAGCGAUUGCUCCACGAAAAGGCAGCGAUCCGCAAGUCCCAAGAGAUGCGGACGGCCAAGCUCCGUGCGCAGCAGGAAAAAGCCCAAGACAAGCGACUCGCCCAGGACGAGUUCAAGGCGAAGAAGGCGUUUGAGGCCAACGAGAAGGCAACGCGGCAGAAGGAGGCCGACGAGAAGCGCCUCAAGCGCGAGCUCGCCGAGACAAUCGACCACGAGCGAAAGGAGCAGGAGGCCCGGAAACGCGACGAGCGCCGGCACAUUGAGCAGCAAGAGAGGCGUGCGGACGACGUCGCCAAGCGUAUUCUCGAGCGGGAAGAUGCGCUGAAGCAACGUGAGAAGGACCAGCGCGACGAAGCCCAUGCGCAGUACCUUCUUCGACUCAACCAGCAGUUUGACGACAACGCGACGCGGCGCAAGAAUAAGGCGGCGCUCGAGACCAACGCCAACGCGCAAAACGUCAAGAAGAUGGCGAAGGAGCUCAUCGUUGUCGACAAGAUCCGACUGGACGCACUCCAGAAGCUGCAGAAACAAGGCGUCCCCGAGGCCUACCUGCGCGACCUCCAGCGACUCGAUAUUCAAAAGCUAUAGUAGACUAAUAGGAACAGCUUGGUGUUG